GCUAUCUGCUCUCACUGCAUUAUCAAUCUGGUCGCCGUGCUCAAUAAGGAACCAACUUCGUGUGUUGUAAUGCAUCUCCUAUGGAAGUGCCGAAAAACUGUAUCCGUGCUUAAUUUCACGAACGGCGUUGCUGCAAAUGUUAUUUUUCGGCAGUAGAAUGCUUGAUUUAAAAUAUCAAUUAAAGCUCUGAAGUGUCAUGUCGGUUGAAGACUCACAAUGAUUAGUAAUUUUGGAUUUUUUAUUUAACGAUGCGAAAAUGGAUAAAUAUCGUUCGCGUGAGGAAAACAGCGUAAUCAAGAUAUCUCUUCAUCUUAAGAUUUUGUAUGGAAUUUUAUUUAUCAAUUGCUCAGUAACGUUUCUAAUGAUAAUGAUGUGGUACACGAGUUACAUUGGUGGUCAAUGUACAAAAGACGACUUCCAAGAUAGACAGGAAGUCCGUAUUUCAGCAAUAUCUCACAUGAACCUUACAGAAGACAAAUCAGAAAAUACCAAGAGAAAUCGAAGAUCGUACACUGCAAAUGUGCCAUCAAGUUGUGCUGUGUUUAUUCGUGAUUGCAAAGAUUCAAUACAAGAUUCAUUCUCACUGAAAGGUCAGAAAGGUGACAGAGGUUAUACCGGAGUCCCAGGGGUCACCGGAAGUAUGGGACAAAAAGGAUCUAAAGGUGAUACUGGGGCUAUUGGACCGAUUGGACCCAGAGGACGGAGGGGAGAAGUAGGACUUCCGGGUCUUCGAGGCUCACCCGGCGAAAGGGGGUUUCCUGGUGAACCAGGAAUCCCUGGAGAGCCCGGAUUACCAGGACCGAAGGGAGACAAAGGGAAGCAGGGACUUCUGGGAUUCCCCGGUGAUGACGGACCAGCAGGUCUAAUAGGAGAGAAAGGGGCACCUGGUGAGAGGGGACCCCUGGGACCGUACGGGCCAGUGGGACCCACGGGUCCCCCAGGUCCAAUGGGGUAUAAAGGAGAUAAAGGUUACCGAGGUCUCAUUGGAUACACAGGACACAAAGGUGACAAAGGAGAAGUCGGGCCUAAAGGGGACCAAGGUUACGGAUAUCCCGGAGUGACCGGACCCAGGGGACCAAAAGGGGAUAAAGGUGAAUGUCAAGCUUCUUCCUUCAAAAUGGAAAACCUGAAAAUGGAAAGAGAUGCCACAAAUCGUCCAGUUCGCACGCCUCAAAGAGACAAAUUUGUUGAAACUUCAUAUGGCAGAAAUGUGAAAAGCGACACAAAUUCGGAUAGGAAAAAUAGCUUGUGGGCGUUUUCCCUGAUUAUCGUCUAUGCAAUUUGCUGAUAUGCCAUUAAUGGCUACUAUGGGAUGUAAAACUGAUCUAAACGUGGGUGAACGAAGAAGCGCUUCCCGCUACAGACAAGGCGUAUGUGAGACAACUACGAAGUGCUCGGUGCGAUGACUAAAUCUAAAUUUGCUAACAUCAUAAUCUUACUUGAGAAUGUAAGAUAAAUGGUUUCUUUCUAUUUUUGUUUCCGUUUUACCACUUAUCAUGGAAUAAUUUAUUAUGUAAGUCCAAGUUCAAUCAAAGUCUAACAAUGUAAUAUGUAUUAGAAAACUAGUCAUUGUAUCAACCAAACCUGUCAUUUAAUUUAACAAAAUACUCCCAUUCAUUUGUUUGACUAGUGCUGAGUAUAGAAAAAUGAUGAAUAUCGCAGCAUAUUUUUUUUUUCAUUUAGUUGCUACAAUGUGUACAUUUAAGUUAAUGAUUGCUUCCGUAUUGGUGUAUAUAUUUAAUGUUAAAUUUUUGAUGCAGUUUCACCAGUAGUUCUGAGAAUAAUAAAAAUAUGUUAAUUCUUAAUUGUAAGAAACCUUUGCAGUGUGAUUUUUAUCAAAGUGGCCAGCCACUGAUAUAAGGUUAGAUGAAGUGAAAGUGAUUAAUUAUGGAUGUAGGUGUGAGUUUGUGAAACUUGUAUGAAACCAGAUUAUAUGAAAUAUUGUGGAUUUAUUUUAUGACGGUUAUGUGAACUCCGAAUUACUGUUAUAGAGUAUAAAUGUACUACUUAGUAAGCUAGAGUUUUGAUGUGUAAUUUGUUUCUCAUAUUACAUGGGUAUUAUGUGGUUACUAGUAAUUUUUUACUUGCUUUACUGGUAUAUAAAUGUGCAUUUUCAUGGUUUCAUGCAAAUUAAAAAUUUGCUAUAUCAA